AAAACGCGGUUCACAAACAAGCGCUGAUUUCACCGAAUUUUCCCGUUUUUAUCUGUUAAUUGUAAACUAGACGGUAUUCUUGUUAAUUUACGGUAUCCUGCCACUGUUUGGUGAGCCCGGGCUGUUCCUGUUGGAAGCUGUGAACGUUGCAUUUUCGCGUGUUUUCCGUUUGUGCGCUUUUGGAGGGAAGCCGCCGGUGUGUACCUAACCCCAUCUCUGUCGUUCCUGGAAGCGUUUAACGGUUGGCCUGUGGUGCAAUUUGUGUAGAUUAAUCCAGAGCGAAAAUGCGUAAACGGUCGCUAUCCGUGGCAUGUGAACGGAGUACCAACGCCGAUGGUUUUUCGAAAAAGUUUGAAGGAGUUGAUUCCGAUCACGACGAAGACGCGUCCGAUUAUGAGGAAGAAAAUGUGGAAGACGAGGGGGAGGAGGAGGAGGAGGAGGAUAUCGAAGAGGGAGCAGAAGGAGGAGAGACUGUAAUUGGAAAUAAUGAGAUAUGGUCUGUUGCCGAGUAUGGGAAAUUGGUCGAUCAGCUGCGCACCGUUCUGCCAAAGAACGACAAACGAUCGCACAGUGCCCGUUUGAAGUCGAUCGAGUGGGAUAAGGUGGCCUUCGACGGUCACUCUGCGGAAAGCGUCAAGGAGCAGACGCACAGUUUGCUCAAAAAAGUGCGCAAGUUCCGCACUCUAGGGGAAAUCCUUGAGGAUGUCCCACAGAUUCUCAAAAAGAGGUUGCGUGCGGACAAACCGAAAGGCCCACUUACGUCGUACAUCCAUUUCAUGAAAGAGGUCUAUAGCAGCUACCAACAACGGUACCAAACCGUUUCCGCACCGGAAUUGGUGAAAAUUAUCGCUCGGGAUUACGGGCAACUAUCCGAGAAGAAAAAAGCUAAAUAUGAGCGAAUGGCUGCGGAAUCGAAAAAAGCAUACCAAAUUGAGAUGGAGAAGUACCGUCAUGAGCACCCAGAAAGCAGCCAACUCGUUAAGAAAAAUCAAUCAAAGGCAAGACUCCGCGGUAUGAAGGUAACUCCAUUCAGCGUGUUCUGCAAAGAGCGCCUGGAAACGGAGCCCAAGCUCUCUCACCCGGAAUUAAAGAACAUAUGGAAUAAACUGGAAAUGAUCCAACGGCUAAAGUACAUCCGCAAAGCUUACGCGAAUCCCGACGCCGAUGCGGUGAACCUAACUAAAACAGAACAGGAAAUGCUGGACAAGGCGAUCGGGAAACCGGAAACGAUCGGACGGUCGGUUAGUGACUACUAUGUACGGGUGCACGCCGAACCGGACGCGCAGAUUACGUAUCUAGAGUGGCGAAGGUUGAAGGUCCAGGAAUAUAAAGCGUUACCGAAGAUGCGCCGCUUAGAGUUGGAGCUAGAGUUCCGGAGGGCGCGCGACAAGUUUAUCGAGGAUUUUAAAAAGUAUCUCGCUGCCAAACCAGAGCGGGACCGUGCCAAGGACCAAAAGUUCCUGGAUAGUUACAUGGCGAGCGCGUUGGACAAGGACGAGAUAAGACGGUAUCAGGUGGGAGGAGAAGGUGAAAAUGUAAACGGAACAGCACACAGCACGAUGGUCAACGAUACGGUAGCCGAUGCUCAUCCACUAGCCGAAUCGACUACCAAUCACUUCGAUACACCGGGAAAAAGCAAAUCCAAGAAGAAGGAUGCAUCGGCUGUCGCAAUGGGCCCUCCGCCAACCGUUCCUCCUACUACCAGUAAAUCGUUGAAGUCCAUCCUGAAAAGUCCGUCGCCGGUGAAGGCAGCCGCCAGCAGUAACAAGCGUGGCAUUAUCGAUGAACCCGACACAGCAGCCAGCGUUCAAGUGGCCAAGAAAAAGCAGAAAAAGACAGACGAGACGGCUGCUGUCGCAGGCUCACAGCCAUCGCCUGUGAGAGAGAAAAACCACUCGAAAUCCAAACCCCAACCGGAACCAGUUCCGCCAUCCUCUAAAAAAGACGAUCGCGAGAGUUCGGUUAGCGGCACGGGGAAGAAAAAGCAAACGACACCAUUCGUCGGGAAUGAGCCACGCGCCCCUCCGAAAAAACUGUUGCAAUACUUCAUUCAGGAGCAUUACUCCGGUAAGCGGAGCAAGGCGGAGGAAGCGUUCAAAAACUUGUCCAAAAACCGACGGAAGGAAAUGAAGCGUGAACUGAAAGCUGCCCACAAGCGGUACGUGCUGGAGCUGGGAGCGUUCUUCAAAACCUUGCCCAAGAACCAGAUUGAAAAGUACUUGAAGAAAAUUGAAGCGAAAAAGGAGGAGGAAAGCGCCGAAGAGGAUGACAGCGAGGACGACGACGCGAGUGGCGAAUUGACCGCUAUCGGAACCACCCAGGAUGUCUUAACCAGCAGCAGCGACGAAAGUGAGGACUAGGACGAAGAUUGAAGUGAAAUAAUACGGACCUAUCUUUUUUUUUUAAACACCAUACGUUGGUAGGCGUAAGGCUAACUGAAACAAUUUGAAAUAAAGAAAUGAUAAAAUAGA